GAGCUUCCUCUGCUUCAUCACUCUUGACAUGCUUCGAACUGUUCAGGAGUGGACUGUUCAGCAUGGACGUCGGACAGAGGAGAGCAGUUGGUUCAUGGCCGUCCCUGAACUAAUGGCGUUUAUUGCCAUUCUUCUCUUGCGAGGGGUAAUUAGACUUCCAUCACUGCGUGACAUAUGGUCUUCAAAACUGGGACACCCACUGAUCACCAGGAUCAUGGCUCGAAACCGCUUCCAAGACAUCAUGCAACACCUACGCUUUGAUGACAUGGACACACGUAGUGAACGAGCUGAGACUGACAGGUUUGCUGCAGUUGCUGAUAUUUGGAGGUCUUUCGUUUCCAACUGUAUCUCAUCCUACAACCCAGGCAGGCACAUCACCAUUGAUGAACAACUUUUUCCGUCAAAGACUCGCUGCUGUUUCUUGCAAUACAUUGCAACAAAACCGGACAAGUUUGGUAUCAAGUUCUGGGUGGCAUGUGACCUGAAAUCUAAGUAUGUGUGCAAUGUCAUCCCAUAUCUUGGAAAAGACCCCAGUCGUCCUUCUGGAGAGAGACUUUCUGAAAAUGUGGUGAUGAAGCUGAUGGAACCGUUUAUGGACAGUGCCAAGUCUGCUCAGACAAUGCAGGUCAAAAUCACUGAGAACAUUCCACCAUCAUGGAACAUGUGAAAUUUUUGUAACUUCAUUGCACUGAGUGUUUUAAAUGUCAAUCACUUCACCCACAUACUGCACUGAUUUAUUUGUACACUUUCUUGCAUCUAUAAGAAAAGAUUCCUUGUUCAAAUCUUGUACAUCAGAAAUAAAAGUCAUGAAGGAAUGAAAAAGACAGACUGUGUUGAUCUCUUGCUUAAAAAAGAGGGUAAAAUAAUUUUCUGAUCAUAAUGUGAAAAUAUCAUUUGUCGUUGCAGCUUGCUAGACAGGUUGUGCAUACACUGGUCUUAGAAAUAUUGUGCUGAGCAUCUCCACUGUGCAGGGGAAGCUGGUGGACUUCCUGGUGGAGCUUGCCAGUGAGCUUGCACAUUCUUAUUUGGGAGCCAAGAAGGUGAAUAGGAGAGUGAGAGUGAGCAACCCCCCACAACUUGGCCAACGUGUGGGGGGUUGCUCACAGAACAUCUCAUUUACAGAACAAUAGUGUCGUUCACACCUGAGUUAGGACAUUAGCUAAAACUAAUCCCGCCAUUUGGCUGAACUCUGGGCAUGGAAGGUAGAAACGCCAAAUGGCGCAGCUUUGGUUUUUCUAGU